AUGACCCAGAAAAAGUCUGGAAUGGUUAAUGCAGUUGAGGAGUCAUUGGUCAGUUACCGCCGUGUACGACGGCCGGAGAGGCACCACAGGAGAAGCAGAAGGAAGAUAAGGGAUGUGAAGGUUCUGAAGGAAGUGAAGGAUGGUGGUGGUGAAGAUGAGAAGGCGCAGGUAGAGAGGAAGAUAGUGGCAUUGCAGAGUAUAGUGCCAGGAGGUGAGUCACUUGGGAUAGACAAGCUGUUUGAAGAGACUGCGGGAUACAUAUUGGCAUUGCAGAAUCAACUCCAGGCCUUGAGAGCUCUUACAAUCUGUUUUGAGGGGUGGGAAAGGGAAAGGAUGAAGCUUGGAGGUUGA